AUGUUGAAACAGCCAAGUAUAAGGUGUGUUUUGUCGUCUCGGUAUUUUCCAAAAAGACGAUUGGCUACAAACUUCAAGGCGUCUCUGGGAAAGGACUCCAAGGCCGACCCAUCAACCGAAGCUGGUUCUACACAAGCAAAUUCUACCCUACCAUCAACCCAAGCUGGUUCUACACAAGCGAAUUCUACCCUACCAUCAACCCAAGCUGGUUCUACACAAGCGAAUUCCACCCUACCAUCAACCCAAGCUGGUUCUACUUUACCACCGCAUGAAAAUGGUCUUUAUUUUGGCCGAUUCACAAAAAGCGAGUAUGAGGAAGCCGCAAGAGUAAUAAAGGAGCAGAUAAAAAAGCUAGAAAGUGAAAUAAAGGGUGAUCACAAUUUACGAGAAAACUUGGGCAAACUAGCCCAAUUCCCAGAAAAGAGCAGUGGCAGCUCUACCCUGAUUGACGUCAAAAGCUUGAGUGAUCUUUUUAGACAAACUAUCAAAUUAACAGGUCCGAUAUCGUUGAGUGCGUAUAUGAGACAAUGUCUAACUCAUCCUAAAUAUGGUUAUUAUACCACUAGAGACCCACUAGAUUUGAAAACUGGAGAUUUCAUCACAAGUCCCGAAAUUUCCUCCGUUUUUGGGGAAAUGAUUGGAAUUUGGUAUUUCAAUCUCUGGCAAACCUCACGGGAUCCAAAGUUGCGUGACAAAAGGAUAAGAUUUAUUGAAUUUGGACCGGGGAAGGGAACUCUAAUUUAUGAUAUUUUGCAUACUUUUAAUAAAUUCGUGCAAACGGUAAGUGAAGUCAAACCAAAGAUUGAAAUUGUCAUGAUUGAAGCUUCCCCUGUGUUGAGAGAAGAGCAAUGCAAGCUUCUUUGUGGUGAAAAUGCAAGUAAAUUCAAGAGUGAAGAAGAUGAGUUUAGCAAAUGCGUAACCACAUGGGGUAAUGAGAUAAUAUGGGUCGAUACAGAGAAAAGUAUACCUAGAAGCGACGACUCAGUCAACUAUAUCAUAGCUCAUGAAUUCUUUGACGCGUUACCUAUAAAAUCAUUUAUAAAAGAAGAAACAGGAUGGAGAGAAUUAGUGGUGGAACACACGCCAAGUGUCCAACAACAAGAUACGCAGUUGAAACUGGAUUUGAAUGACGAAUCUACCCCUUUGUCACCCUUGCCAAAUCAGAAGCGCGGAAAAGAAAACAAGCAAUGGGAUACGGAAUUUCAUUUAAGCAUAUCUCCCAAAGAUACUCCAUCAACGAUGAUUCCAAGGUUAAACAAACGUUAUAAGGACCUUCCAGUUGGGUCAAGAAUCGAAAUUUGCUCCGACGCAGAAUUGUUCAUCAUGAAAAUGGCCCAAUUGGUAAAUACUCAAGGAGCUGCUUUAGUUAUUGAUUACGGACCCCCUGAUGAUGUGCCUGAUAAUACACUUCGCGGAAUAUACAAGCACCAGUUUGUAUCGCCAUUCUUUAAACCCGGGGAAGUAGAUUUAUCAGUUGAUGUUGAUUUUGGGAAUUUGAAGAAAAUCACACUGAAAGUUUGUGAUAUUUAUGGCCCCAUACAACAAGGCGACUGGUUACAUAAUAUUGGUGUGGGUUACAGAAUUGAUCAAUUAUUGAAAAAAAAGAGUCACGAUGUAGAAGCUCAGAAUAAGAUAUACGAUGCAUAUAGGCGAUUGGUUGAUUAUGAUCAAAUGGGUAAAAUUUAUAAAUUUAUGGCCCUAAUGCCAAAAGGAUCGAGUAAACCAAUUGGGUUUUGA